AUGGAGGACGUGCUGGCCCUCUGCCGCCGCGUGGACACCUCGAUGGCAGAGAGUGACCGUGUACGCCACCUGCUCAAGGGCAUUGGGACUCUGGCAUUCAACGCUCUUGUAUUGCUGAAUCCCACUACCGUCACAGACAUUAUCAACUAUGCUGAACGUACCAAGUUUCAAUGGUUCCGUAAUUUCGUGCACUAUUGUUUAUUUGCAGGCAUCGAAAAGCUAUAUGAGACUAUCAGGAAAGCCAUGGACGCGAUCGAGAGCGGUACGUGCCUUCGCUUUGUUAAGCGCACCAACGAGAAAGACUACAUCAGAAUAUUCAAGGGUAAAGGGUGCUCCUCGUUGGUCGGUCGUCGCGGCGGAGCGCAGCCGGUGUCGCUGGGAGAAGGCUGCUCUAAUGUGACCCUUAUAGAGCACGAGCUUCUGCACGCAGCUGGAUUCUUCCACGAGCACAUGCGGCCAGACAGGGACCAGUACAUCACUAUCAUCAAGGAAAAUAUUGAUCCCAAGUACUACCCCGAGUUUCAAAAGUUGCACCUUGGCCCACAUGACAACCUUGUGCCUUUCGACACCGAUUCAGUCAUGCUAUACGGUGGGCAUGCGUUCGCCCGUGAGCCAGGACUUACCACUAUGAUGGCCAAAGACGGAACGGUGUUGAUUCCCAUCUACAACAAAACAGGACUAAGCGACACUGAUAUCCUCAGCGUUAACAUCCUCUACAACUGCUCCAACUAGCGUCUCAAGAGAGCGUCGAGGGGUAGUC